CGAGCGGAGUGAACGUAGACGCGCACUCGGGCAGUGCGCGGACCGGACGGACAGUGCAGCGGGACGAGCGAGCGAGCGUUGGCUACGCCGGGGGAGUUAGUGGAUUUUGCCGAUUUUUCCCGGGCUGUCAAGCGCGCGCUCCGAGCGGAGCGCCCUACUCUCGCGGCGCGUGAAAGCGGUGCUUCGUGAGUGAGACGCCCCUAGCGCGAGCACGCCUCGCGCGUAUCUCUCUUCGCCGCCUUGCUCUAUCUAUUUCUCUCUCUCUCUCUUUUUCUCUCUUUCUCUCUCGCGCGCGCGCGCCCGCUCUGUCAUCCUUUCUUUCUCGCGCUCUCCGUAUCUCUCCCCGCCGCGCGCUCGGCAUCCGCGUGCUCGUCUCUUUCCCGUCGCGGUACGCUCGAUAAUCGUACGCUCGCGGACAACGACGGCGAUCGCGACGCGAGACGGUGACGUCCGUCGCGACACUGACGUUUUUGCCUCCGAUCGGCUGCCGCGCCGCGUCGCGUGUGCACCACCAGUUGCGUGUUGCGUAACUGCAUUUUACACAACAGCCCGCCGCCUCUCUCUCUCUCUCUCUCUCUCUCUCUUUCACUCGAGUCCCGCGGGUGCAUCGGCCCUGUCCCUCCCGCGCCCCUUCCGCUUCGCUCCGCCUCGCCGAAGGAGUUUGGCGCUACGGAACCUUGGUAUCUUGACGUCUGGAGCGCACGACUUCGCUGCUGUAUCUCGCGGAGCACAUAGUAAUAGCGCGACGGAUGCGCGGCCGAAGAGGCGGAAGUACCCAUUGACCAUGGCGGCGGGAACGUGCCAAUUCGCCUGAGAGGACAGUAUCUGAAGAAAUCCGCAAGGAUGGUGCUGGUGGUGGGCGGGGUGGUCCUGCAGGAAGAGAUUCCUGCGGACAGCAGGUCCUUGUACGCGGCCCAUCCGGUAUACCGCGAGAGCGCGGCCCAGCUGCACUCGAUGCCGGCGAAACUCGUGGGCCCGGUGGGCCUCCUUUACGUUCAACAACGAGAAAUGGCUGCGACACUGCCGCACGACAAGAACGUGAGCAUCCUCGGUUCGGACGACAUGACCACAUGCAUAAUCGUUGUCGUCAGGCAUUCCGUAAUCGUAAGGGCUGCGAAUGUCGCGUCCUCGAAUAUUUCAGGCUCGGGCGCCGCCGCUCUGGCGCACCUUGACGGCUCUGGAACGGAAGAUGCCGCGGCAGCAAUGAUUCAGAGGGUAACGGAACUCACCCUCGGAUACCCCGAAGGUCGCUUGGAGCUGCAGUUGGUCGGCGGCUACUCCGACCCGAGAAACUAUUCCGAGGAAUUAUUCUACAAUAUACUUUCCGCAUUUCACAAGCAACCGGUGGAGAUCGAUCUAACGCUGUGCUGCGUGGGCGAGCUGAACACCACCGUGAGAGGUGGGAUUCAUUGGCCGUUGAUCUACGGCAUCGGGCUGAACGUGAAGACGGGCGAGAUCUUUCCCGCGACUUUCCCCGACAAAGGUCCAGAUCAGGCACUGAGGUGCGCCAGACAGUUGACCGGAGGUCAGCAGGUGCGUGUUUUGGACAUAUACGAUUGCGCAUUGGGAUUACUUAGAAUCGGCCCGUUUAACUACGACCCCCUGCGUGGCGUGGAUCUCUGGCUGGCGCAAACCGAUCAGUUCAUCCUGCAGCACCUGUCCACGUCGCCGGAGGUGGAGCAACCACAUUUCGUAUCGCAGGUUCGAGCGACGCUCAAGUAUAUCCAAGACAAUCAAUUUCCGGCCGUCACCGUCUUCCGGGAUAACAGACCUCAUUACUACCGCCGAGACGAAACCACCGGUGUUUGGCAGCCAAUGCGAUAUUAAAGGUCUUCAACAAGCCGCAGAUUCAGUUAGGGCUUAGUGAUUGUUCGACGAAAUUUACGAGCGACACCAAGUAUAAUAUUAAUUCGCGGAUCGACAAAGUACGGAGCUGGGUGAUCAAAUCGUAGGAAUUUAAAUCAAUUAGUCGAAUUUGGUAUUGCGCCUUCUGAAGAUCGCGGUGUCUCCGCCGGGGUUGUUUAAGUUCUAAUGAGCCCGUUUGAAAAAGAUCGACUCGCAUUUACGAUUGGCGAGCAAAUUGCGGAAGUCGGCGUGCAAUAAUUGCAGUCUUCGUCGGCUGGCAAUUAUCUGUGAUCGACGAGAAAAGGACGUCCGAUCGGGAAGAAGCCGUGGGAUCGAGUAUCGAUCGAAGCGGUCGUAAUCAGCGCGUUGGUCGAUGCCUUUAAGGCCUGCUCACACCGGAAGACGUCUCACAAAGCCGUAUUGAACCCAGAAUUACACGACAUUUGCAUUAUCGAAUGCGAUUUCUAAUGUUCACAAAUCAAUUACCGAAUGGUGGAGUUUACUCUAUUAUCGUGGAGUAAGCUAUGAGAAAGAUAAAAUAAAAUAAAAAUAAUUUUUCGACAAACGAUUUCCCGAAAAUUUAAAUAUUCUGCAUUAGGACGCAGAUAUUUAUUUUACUUUACACACGUUUAUACGUACUCGAUAAUACUGUUUUCUAAAUGAUAUAAUAUAUGUAUAAGAAACUUUUCCCAUCGUGCAGUUAUUGCAGCAAGCUUUCAAUGAUUUUCGAGAAAUUGUUUUAGAUCAAUUUUCUUAAAGAAGAGAAGGUUACGACAGCUAUAAUAGCGGAAAUCAUAUUGAAGAUAUUAAACGAUUUGUCCCUUCUCAAAUUAAAUUUUACGAAGGAUUUUUAAUUAAAAAGUAUUUUCAUUGCGGGACAUCAUCAGAAAUUUCAUAGACGACAAAAACUGCCACAACGCAAGCGACUGAAACAGUAAUCGAACUUGGAUUUUUCGCUUGUCGAGCAACUCUUACUUUAUACGACUUUAUAUACACGACUUUUGAAAAAUCUUACAAAGAAAAGCGGAAAAGGAUUUUAUAAAACGCGCGCAUAUUUCUGUUGCGUACACGCACAUAUACACAUUCACUCUUUGGAAACAUCUUAAAAAAAUAAUACGCAUUCACAUUAGCGUGCGGCGCACGACAACUUCAGUUGUGACUAGGCCUAUAUGUGCUGAAUACAUUGGCAUUGUUGAAUUUUAUCUUUUUGUUAGGUGCUUACGUGCGCAACGGUCGAACUUUGGUCGUUAAGGUGUUAUUAGUCGUACGCGAUCGUUACUUCACCGUUGAACGUUUCCGUAUUAACUUUCUUCGUUGCCAGGGCGUGCAUUUAGCGCUAAAUCCAACUCGCGUCUUAUCUUUACAUUACGUGCAAUCGUCGUAACAGAUAACUAACUCGAUGGUAAAGAAUCCCAUUUGGUGCUAAACGCGCGACCGAAAAUACGAUUCUAUGCACACGUGCGAGGACGCUUGUCCUUCAUUCUCUUCCUUCUCGUUUUAUUUCUUUCCGUCGGAUUGCGAAGGUUCGAGCAACGAAUAAUUUCGUGUUUGCCAUAAUAAAAAGAAAGAAAGUUAGACGAAAGAUAGAGCGGCGAAGUAUAGAAGAGAUAAUGUAUAUAAUAUUUUCAGGGUUGUGCCCGAGUCUUUCGGGUGAGGGAAAGUUCCUUUGCCUCGACGCAGUUAGUUUCGCCGAGGGAACGCGAAUUCCUUCGAAAAUUCAUGCGCGGAUUAUUAAGUAAUCGUGUGCGAGUCGUUGAUGUCUCGCGGGAAUUUUACCAAAUUGUGCGUACUCUACGAAAGACAUCUCUCUCUCUCCCUCUCUUUCAACUUUUUGGAGCGCUCGCCAAACAUCAGAGCAAUUACAUUUAAUUAUUCACGAAGUGGGAGAGAUGUCCAAGGUAAAACGUUAGCCGUUGCGUCAUCCAACGAUUCAGACACGCGAGACCGAUGCGUAAAAAGUUGUCGAGAUAAUACAUAAAUGCGUAAUAAGACGGGACAAUUCGAUCACCCCGGAGAUCGCGUCAACGUCCGAUAUAGAUUUCCUAUUUGUUGUUAGAGAGUAUGGGCGUGAUAUUGCGAUCGAAGAAUCAGAAUGACGAGGCCUUCCCUUACCUGUGGAUUCAUCGAUUAAGCCGAAAGGUAAUCACCCUCCGGAUAGCAUUCGAGAGCACAGCUCUACAGAAGAAACUCAGCCAGAGUAUCAGAAAGUUUCAUAUCUCGAUAUUUGAAUACAGUUUUCAUGAAACAAUUCGGAAGCUCGAUAAUUCGACAUUAUUGUUGAGCGUUCUUAUCUCUUUUGAGAUGAAUAUGUAAUAGUUGUUUCGAUAAUAUACUUGAAAAAUUCCUUUCACAAAGCUAUGGUCUCGAAGCCUUGGAGUAGUGCGUAAAGGAAGGGUGCGUUUACAAUUUUCCAUUGUUCUAGUGAUACAUAAGCUAAUUGAGGUUGAUAUUAAUAAUAACGAUGACGACGAUGAUCAUAAAUGAUAUUGCUGAUGAUAACGAUAUUUCCUAGAAAUCGAAGAGAUAUAUUUUUACUAUAUUAUGUAAAGAAAAAAAAGAAAGAAGAGAGCGAAUGCACUCGUGACGACGAGGCUCUCAGGAUCGAACUUGCGACCAGCUUUUCCUUUCCAAUCGAUCUACGCGAGUGGAGGAAGUAUGACGGUUUGCCACUUACUUUGUUGCUUCUGCCAGGAAAAUAUACGGCUUUCCUUGCUUGCGUCAUGAAAACUUCCCGGUGCAGCAAUACGAGUUACAUAUAUAUUUCUCUUUUCUUUUAAGUCCAUCAUAUCGUUUCUCCCCUUUCCCCGCCCGAACCUUUCCCUCCCUUUUUUCUUUUGUCCCCCACGGUAGCCUUUCCGUUCGAUCUCUAUCGCAUUCUUUCUCGCGUUACGCAGACGCAAUCUUACUACGUAAUAUUAUUUGGUGAUAUAUUUAUACAAUAAACGAUGAUAGACU